UGCUGAGCCCGCGUCCCGUGGCGGCAGCCUCGCCCAGACGGUGCCACACCAUCUACAAGGGCUUCGCCCACUGCCUGAUGACGCUGGGCGACAGUCUGACUAGCUCCGCCCACAAAGACGAGGACGCACACGAGAUCCACUCCAUCUGCAGGUCGUGGGACGCCUUCCAUGACUGCGCCAACGUGGCGAUGGCCGGCUGUCCGGAGGAGGCGGCGGCCGUCUGGGAGUCCCUCCGGCAGGAGUCCAAGAAGAUGCAGUUCUCUGGAAACCUCUACGACAUGUGCUCCAACCGCAACCUCCACCCUGCAGGCUCCAUCUCCCCCCGCGGCCCCCUGAACCAGGAGGACAUCAACCAGGAGUCCCUCAGAGGAGGCGCAGAUCGUCCGGCAGUCCUCCUCCUCCUGCUGCUGCCUCCUCUGCUGCUGCUGUGGAUUUACCGGCCCUGAAGGAACCAGACUCCUGUAGAUAAAUAUAAACUUUGUGUAUUUUUUCUUUUCCUUCACGAGUCCAUGGACGCUCCACAGCUCCUUCCUCUGCUCCGCUGGAGGGAGGGGGUUUCUAACUGCAUGCCGACGGCCCUUUUGAUAACACGUGACUGAACUUCUUCAUGCAUAUUCUCAUUAGUUUGAGUGUGGCUGCAGACGGUUUAACAGUCCUUCAGUCCUCCUGACUGCCUGCAUGUGACGGUUCCAGGAGGAGCUCGAACUGCGAGACGAAACGCCACCAGGACAGGUUUCAUAAAACCUCUCUGUUUUCAGCCUGCAGGUGGAUCAAUUUACUCUUUAAUUCUGCCCAAAUGUAAACUUUAUUCUCUAAAGCAGCUGGUCCUGAACCCAUUCCUGCAGCUUUUAGUUGUUUCUCUGCUCUGCAACAAAUGGAAGAGGUUUAGGGCCACGAUCAAAAUAAUAAUUAAUAAUAAUAAUUCUGACUUUAAUCGCAGAAUUAUGAGGAAAAAAACUGAGAAAAAUGUCAAAAUUCUGAGAAAAAGUUAGAAUUCUACAUUUUUCCUAAUUCUGAGGAAAACGUCCAAGAAAAUCUUUGACCUUUUUUCCUCAGAAUUUUGAGUUUAAAGUGCCCGUGACAUCAAACUUUUGCAAUAAAAAUGAAUGUAUUUUUGCAAAGAUAACACUGAUAACAUAUUGUAAAAAAGAUUUCAUGCCGCUGAGAUGUUGAGAUAUUCGCCUGUGAAACAACAGGAAGUGAUGUCAAAGGGGAAUGUCUGCAUGUAAACAGAGCGUUGCUAAAAUGGCUAACAGCACAGA